ACUAAAAGCAUCGAUUCUCCGUCUACUUUUGAAUAGGAACAUGGAUAACAGUAGUGAACCAUCUCCACUGCAUCGGAUCGUAAGAGAUCAUGAUCCGAAUCUUUCAAGUUAUAGUCCUGUGAAGCUGGAGCGACUUGCUGACGCGCGUCGUACGCUAAAGAAGGUCGACAUCAAUUCUAAAGACAAGGCUGGGCUCACACCGUACAUGUUAUGUAUUGCAACGCUUCCUCCGGUUCGUUUUGGCAAUUACGCCUCGUAUGAUUCUCACGAACUGACGUUGAAUGUCUUCCGCGACGAGGACAUACGCACUCGGCAUGAGGCUGAAUUUAAGAGGCUCGACGCAUGCGUUCAAGCAGGGGUUAGGACACUGGUAAGUCAGCAACAAAAUGACGAGUCUGCGAGAAAUAUACUGCCCAAGCACAUGGCAUAG